GUUGUGUCCGCAGGAUGGCGUGGUCCUGGGAGCCGACACGAGGGCGACCGAGGGGAUGGUCGUCGCUGACAAGAACUGCUCGAAAAUACACUACAUCUCUUCCAACAUCUACUGUUGUGGUGCGGGCACAGCCGCAGACACUGAGAUGACGACUCAGCUGAUUGCUUCCAAUCUGGAGCUCCAUGCGCUGUCUACAGGACGACUUCCACGUGUGGUCACAGCUAAUCGAAUGCUAAAGCAAAUGCUUUUCAGGUAUCAAGGCUACAUUGGUGCUGCCUUGGUUUUAGGAGGUGUAGAUGUCACUGGACCUCACCUUUACAGCAUAUAUCCCCAUGGAUCAACUGACAAGUUGCCUUAUGUUACCAUGGGUUCUGGCUCACUGGCAGCUAUGGCUGUUUUUGAAGAUAAGUACAAACCGGACAUGGAGGAAGAAGAAGCCAAACAGCUUGUGAGGGAUGCCAUUGCAGCUGGCAUAUACAAUGAUCUGGGCUCUGGCAGUAACAUAGAUAUCUGUGUUAUAAGCAAGAACAAGUUGGAUUUUAUCCGUCCGUAUGAUGUGGCCAACAGAAAAGGCGAAAGGUAUGGCAGAUAUAAGUGUGAGAGAGGAACUACUGCUGUUCUCACAGAGAACGUAGCACACCUGGAAAUUGAGGUGGUGGAUGAAACUGUACAAACCAUGGAUACUUCCUGAGCAUUACCUGCAGCUGCUGUGUCACAGAGGACACACAUGAGGUGUGUUUCACUUUUGGAAGCCUUCCUGCCUGCAGAAAAACAUGCGACCCAUACAGAAUAAAUAAAGAGGGGUCUGACCAUUCUCUUAA